CCCACCGCCAACGCCCAACGACCCGCCUCCCCAAUCCAAAGCACCAACAAACUAACACAAACAAGCUGUUGGAGGACGGAGGUAUGGCAGGGUUUGUUGUGAGCGCAGCGACAGGAGCCUUGAAGCCUCUACUAGGGAAGAUCGCUGUUGAGCUGUUCGAAGAGUACAAGCGAGUCAACGCGGUGCCGGACAAGAUCAGCUCUCUCACCAAAGAGCUGGAAGCCAUGCAGGCAUAUCUUCUGAAGAUGUCGGAGGUGGAGAAUCCUGAUGAGCAAGAUCGAGUUUGCACGAAGGAGGUGCGGGAGCUAUCCUACGACAUGGAGGAUUGCCUCGACGAGUUCCUGCGCCGUGUUGGUGACAAAUCGAAUACUCCAGAAGGGGUCUUCGCCAAGUUGAAGAACAUCAUGAUCACCAAGCCCAAGGCUCGCCAUCAGAUUGCCAAGGCGAUUGGAGAACUCGAGAUUCAAGUCAAGGAAAUGGGGAAAAGGAAUGCAAGGUACAAGACAAAAGAGACCAUAUCCAAGACAAGCACCAACGCACAUGUGGAUCCGAGAGCUCUUGUCAUUUUUGAGGAUGCAUCAAAGCUUGUUGGCUUGGAAGGGCCAAAACAAGAGUUAAUUGAGCUUUUGACAAAGACGGAUGGUUCAUCAGUUUCAUUGCUCUCUAUUGUUGGAUCUGGAGGUUUGGGGAAGACCACUUUGGCAAAACAAGUAUAUGAAGAGCUCAAGGGGGAAUUCAAGUCGCAUGCCUUCGUGUCAGUUUCAGACACGAAAUCCUGACAUGCUUAAUGUUCUGCGGAAUAUUCUAUGCCGUGUAAGCAAUGAAGUUCAUCAAAACAUGCAAGAAUGGGACAUACAACUACUUAUCAGCAGAAUCCAUGACUCUCUCAGGGAUAAAAGUGUAUUUCCAGAGGAUUUUGUUAUUGAUAAGAAGCUUUUGGUAAGGAGAUGGAUUGCAGAGGGAUUCAUCCAAAAAGAACAAGGUGAAACCAGUUUCAAAUUAGGGGAGUGGUGUUUCAAUGAGCUCAUCAAUAGAAGCCUGAUCCAAGCACGGAAGAUAAAUAUGUACGGAGAUGUGACAGCUUGCCAGGUCCAUGACACAAUUCUUGAUUUUAUUGUAUCAAAAUCUGAAGAAGAGAAUUUCAUUACUGUAUUCGGUGAUGGUUAUCAAAUGCAUGGUCAACAUAGCAAGGUCCGUCGACUAUCUAUCAAUGCUAGCAGUAAAGAGAAAGUUUCAACACUGACACAGCUGGAUUUGUCUCAUGUCCGGUCAGUUGCAGUGUUUCAUUAUUCAGAGGAACUACCUAUGUGGUCAAAAUUCAGUUUCUUGCGUGUUUUGGACUUGUGUGGCUGCAGGCAGGUGGAAGGUGAUCAUCUUACAGGUAUCGGGAAUUUAUUUCAGCUAAAGUACCUGAGCCUCCGUGGAACUGGAGUUCGUGAACUCCCAGAACAGAUUAGCAAACUAACAUGUCUGGAGACACUGGAUCUAAAGAUGUCAAAGGUGACAAAAUUACACGCCGGUACUGCUAAGCUCCAAGGAUUAAUCUACUUGGCUGUUGACAAGGGGGUUCAGCUUCCUGAUGGAACAGAAAGAAUGACAGCAUUGGAGGAUUUAGAUUGUGUGGAUAUCUUCAAGCAGUCAAUUAACUUCCAAGAAUUUGGGCAGCUGAAGAAUCUUAGGAACGUCCAGUUAUUUGUGAGCUCUGAUAAUUGCCGCGAUGCUGCAGAAGCAAGUCACUACAAGAAGUAUAUGGACGAUAUAGUCUCUUCACUCUGUAAACUUGGCCACCUUCAUUCUUUGUCUAUUGACGGUAAAGCUGAAAGUAAAUUAGACUUCUCCAUGGAUUCAGGUGGUGAUGCUCCAACUGGCCUCCAGAAAUUCGAAAUCACGAACCAUUUCAUCUCCAAGGUUCCAAACUGGGUGCGCUCCCUUUUCAAUCUCCAAUUUUUAACCCUCCGUGUUAAGGAAUUCGAGGUGGACGACUUCAUGGCGCUUGGGCGCCUGCCAGCUCUGGUGUUUCUCAGGCUGGAAGCACACAAAUGUUUCCACGGAAGAAGGAUAUCAAUUAGUGGCGCUGAUGGGUUUCAGAGCCUGCGUCAUUUUGAUUAUUGCUGUGCCAUACCGGUCACAUUUAAGGCUGGAGCGAUGCCAAAGAUUAAUAAGCUUACCCUCAUGUUCAGUGUAUUCAAAACAUCCCAGCUAGCAACAAAUGAAGAGUUCCGUUUUCCUUUUGGUGUCAAACACCUGACCUGUCUUCACAGCGUUUGCUAUCUGCUUUCUUACCACAACUUUAACAAAGAAUUUAACAAAUGGAUUACUGAGAAGAUGACCCAAAUAAUGGCCCGUAUGAGCUGUGAGCAGCUCAUGUUGACUAUUUGUGAGAUGGAGGCCAUGGAUCAAAUGUAUAUGGGAGAACAUCGUAUGGAAGCAGCAGCUCGCACCCAUCUCAAGUCACCCAAACUUACAGUCAGAAGAACCAAAGAAUGGGGCAUAUCGAUCUCCAGGACAAGAGGGGCUAUACAAGAAUGGGGCAUAAAGCGUGAACUAACUGCAGUGAAAUUGAAGUUAAAGCGCAUCACUGAGGGAGUUAUUACAGAGCUCUCAAGGAAUAAUUGCCCACUCAAGGGUCAAGGUAAUUGCCAAUGUCAAGGCCUUCUUGAGGCAAAGGCGCGAUUGAACACCUUGUCAUUCAACAAUGCUACAAGUACUUCGCAGUAGGAGACACGGGCUCCAGGUGGCUCCGGCUCCCUCUCAUGCAAAACAGUAGUAGCUUUAUUGUAGCACGAAUUCUUUUUACAGACAGAGACAUGAUUAAACUAGGAGAUCAAUUGGGGAAGCCGGUGAAGCUGGAAAUUUUUUUCUUCACCGGCCCUGGUUUCUCGGAUGCUACA